CCCUGCCCCGCCCCCGGCGGAGGGAAGGGCGCGGAGCUCUCGCGGGAGCGGGCGGGAGGCGGUUUGAAAGAUGGCGGAUGAGGUGGACCAGCAACAAACAACAAAUACUGUAGAGGAGCCACUUGAUCUCAUCAGACUCAGUCUAGAUGAACGAAUCUAUGUCAAAAUGAGGAAUGACAGAGAGCUUCGAGGCAGACUACAUGCAUAUGAUCAGCACUUAAAUAUGAUUUUGGGUGAUGUGGAAGAGACUGUAACUACAAUAGAGAUUGAUGAAGAAACCUAUGAAGAGAUUUAUAAAUCUACCAAAAGGAAUAUUCCAAUGCUCUUUGUCAGAGGUGACGGCGUUGUGCUUGUAGCUCCUCCGUUGAGGGUUGGUUGAAGAAACAAAGAAUUUAACCAUAUUGGAAAGUUUCAGACUUUGGACAGUGGUUCAUGUUUCAAUCAUGUCUCUAUUCUGUACAUGUGCUUUCUAAGAUUGUUAAGUGGGUUUUUUUGUCUGCCCUUUUGGGAGGGGGAGAUAGUUUGUUUUGCAGAAUAUACAUGUAGUUGAUCCAAUCUGUUUUUCUCAGAGUUGAUGGAAUUGCUGUAAGUUGCUUCUUCUCACAUCAGUGAAAGAAUCCUUCAUUUUCUUCAGUCUUGGCUAUAGCACUGUCUUAGGUUUUUUUAAAUAAAGUUGGGUUAUCUUUCA